GCGAGGUCGCAGCGCAGGGGCGUCCCGCUCGGCAGGCAGCAUGGGGAAGGGGGGCAACCAGGGCGAGGGGGCCCCGGAGCGCGAGGCGCCCAUUCCCACCUUCAGCUGGGAGGAGAUUCAGAAGCAUAACCUGCGCACCGACAGGUGGCUCGUGGUCGACCGCAAGGUCUACAACAUCACCAAAUGGUCCAGCCGGCACCCGGGGGGCCAACGGGUCAUCGGGCACUACGCGGGGGAAGAUGCUACGGACGCCUUCCGCGCCUUCCACCCCAACCUCGAUUUCGUGCGCAAGUUCAUGAAGCCCCUGCUGAUCGGGGAGCUGGCGCCCGAUGAGCCCAGCCAGGACCGCGGCAAGAACGCUCAGAUCACCGAGGACUUCCGGGCGCUGAGGAAGACGGCCGAGGACAUGAAGCUCUUCCAGUCCAACCACCUGUUCUUCCUCCUCCACCUGGCCCACAUCAUCGUCAUGGAGACCCUCGCCUGGUUCAUCAUGGCGUACUUUGGCAAUGGCUGGAUCCCAACCUUGCUUACCGCCUUUAUCCUCGCUACCUCACAGGCCCAGUCAGGGUGGCUGCAGCAUGACUACGGCCACCUUUCUGUGUACAAGACGUCCAGGUGGAACCGCCUCACCCACAAGUUCGUCAUCGGCCACCUGAAGGGCGCCUCAGCCAACUGGUGGAACCACCGCCACUUUCAGCACCACGCCAAGCCCAACAUCUUCCACAAGGACCCGGAUGUGAACAUGCUGCACGUGUUUGUCCUGGGCGAGUGGCAGCCCAUCGAGUACGGCAAGAAGAAGCUGAAAUACCUGCCCUACAACCGCCAGCAUGAGUAUUUCUUCCUGAUUGGGCCUCCGGUGCUCAUCCCCUUGUAUUUCCAGUAUCAGAUCAUCAUGACCAUGAUCGUCCGCAGAGACUGGGUGGACUUGACCUGGGCCAUCAGCUACUAUAUCCGUUUCUUCGUCACCUACAGCCCUUUCUUUGGCAUCCUGGGGGCCCUCCUCUUCCUCAACUUUAUCAGGUUCGUGGAGAGCCACUGGUUCGUGUGGGUCACGCAGAUGAAUCACAUCGUCAUGGAGAUUGACCGAGAGCACUACCGAGACUGGCUCAGCAGCCAGCUGGCAGCCACCUGCAACGUGGAACAGUCCUUCUUCAACGACUGGUUCAGCGGGCACCUCAACUUCCAGAUUGAGCACCAGUGAGUGCGGC